AUGCCAAUCAUUCCUUCCAUUCAAACGGAGAAGAUAGAUAAUGACAACGAAUUUGAGAUUAAGCCCACAAUUAAAAAAACCUGCGCACGCUGUAAGGAAUCCAAUAGGUGCGUUAAGUUGGUCUGUUCAAGAAUCCAUAGAUUGGAAGAUUUAGUAAAGAACAUAGUGAGAACCACUGAAACGAGUUCAAUGAAUGUAAAUAAUUAUAAUACUUUUAUCAAGGAACAACAACCUCAAAUUCCCUCCCCAAUAUCACAGGUAUUCAUAAACCAAUCUUUGCAAUUACCGACUCCUCUUCCUUCUCCAAUUCAAGCCUUCUCAAGUCCUCCCAAUUCCAUAAGUAGUGAUCUUUCAAAUUAUAGCUUGGAAGAAUUACAAAAGGUUGUGUCGGUCAUAACCAACGCAAUGAAUAGGACCGAUUGCGUUAAACCCAAUUCCCUUCAUGCUUUUAGUCCUUGUAAUUAA